CUGCCGUGUAACUGCCACUCAGUCUCUCGCCAAGCAUAUCAAGAUCAAUGCGGGAGUCAGACAUAUGAUCAAAUUUGCGUGUCUCUAGCCCCUUUCCUGUGCACGUAUGAUGUCAGCACCCCUACUCAGUGUGUCACCGAGCUGGUUUGUACAAGUCUAGCCCGACUUCAGCUUUAGCAAGGUUGCGCGUGGAAAACAAAACACCCAAAAUGUUGCUAUCCUUGGCGUUCAUGUUACUUCUUUCCCUGGUUUCAGCCCAAGUUGACGUCCAGGUCCGUUUGUCUGACGGUGGCCCUAACUACGGCCGUGUGGAGGUUCUGUACGGCGGGACUUGGGGGACUGUCUGUGACGACGAAUUCGCCAAAGAGGACGCCGAUGUCGUCUGCCGGGAUCUAGGCUUCCCAGAAGCCACUGAUUUCUACCAUGAUGCCUUCUACGGGCCGGGCGCGCAGGGCAUGCCGGUAUGGCUGGAUGAGGUCGGGUGCAAAGGUUACGAGAGUUCGCUGAAGUUCUGUCCGCAUGCCGGCUGGGGAGUCACCAACUGUGAUCACGCUGAGGACGUCAGCGUCAGGUGUUUGGAAUGUAAGACAGUCCGGAUUUCCGGUUCCACUGCGUACCAGCUGAGCUACAUGGGAACCUACACCAUGACGGGAGAGACGUCCGGAUCCCGUCCGGUCUACGCCAUCAACUCCGGAAUCAACACGUACCUACACUACAUCGAGACGGGGUCGGCCUGGUGCGUGGGGCCCACCGUGGGGGUGCGCAUCUGCGGGAUAGAGUUCGCCGACACGAGUGACUACGCAGACGAGAUCACCGGGACGGUGGAGGUGUUCACCGGGGCCCAGUGGGUGGUCUCGUCAGAGGUCCAGAUCGGCUGCGAAAGCGUAACGGGUACCACCAUAGACUGCACCUUUGAUGAUGACAUCUGCGGCUACAUUGCUGACCACAAGGCCAACUUCACCUGGACACAGCAUCGUGGUCCAACUCCGUCCAGCGGCACCGGACCUGGAUGGGACUACCCAACUACCACAUGUUCGGCAGCAGUGUGGGGCAGCUCAGCGUGUACGUGGACAACCGGCAGGACGGCUGGCGGCUGGCGUGGAACCAGACCGGGGACAUGGGCAGCGUGUGGCGGGAGGAGAGGGUGGAAGUGGAGGGACCCGGCAUCCAAGUGGUGUUUGAAGGUAUCAGUGGUGACGGCGGUUCAGGUGACAUCGCCAUUGACCAGAUCCAGCUCACAACUGGAGCCUGUCCCACUGCGUGCGAGACCAUCCGUAUCGCCGGUACGCCUACCCAGCUGGGUGACUUGUCGGGCACGUACACCAUGACGGGCCAGACCUCCAACGCUCGGCCCGUGUACGCCAACAACGCCGGCAACGGGAUGUUCCUACACUUCGUGGCCACGCAGGAGAUCUGGUGCAUAGGUCCUACGGUCGGGACGGGGAACUGCGCCAUGUACACCCCGGGACUGAACCAGUACGCCGAGGAGAUCACCGAACCCUUCUUCUUCUACAGCGGCGGCGCCUGGCUAACGGCACCGGACGUCAGGGUCACGUGUGAAUCCGCCAGGAACGCGACCUUUGACUGUGCGUUUGACGGUGACCUGUGCAGCUACACGGCGGACCUGACGGCUGACUUCACCUGGUCCAUGAACAGCGGGGCUACGGUCUCACCGGACACCGGGCCGAGCGGGGACUUCCCGACAGGGGCAGGCCAGUAUAUGUUUAUCGAAUCGUCCACACCGCAGCAGGCGGGAGACACUGCCCGGCUGAUCAGCCAAGAAGUGGACGUCCAGUCGCUCUCCUGUCUUCACUUUUCCUAUCACAUGUUCGGCAUCAACAUCGGGCAGCUCAACGUGUACUUCAGAACUAAAACUAACGCCGGCCUGUCCCUGAAGGUGUGGAGUCUGACCGGGAAUCAGCUGAACGAAUGGAAGGAAGGGACCAUUGAAAUUACACCGCAAAGUCUGAAGGUUGAAUUCGAAGGUGUCGUUGGAGACGGAUUUCGAGGUGACAUUGCCAUUGACAACAUCUACUUGGUGGACGGACCCUGCCCAGCAAACGAUUGCUCGUCCGGUCCUUGUAACAACGGCGCCACGUGUGUGGACCAACAGACCACGGGCUAUACCUGCCAGUGUGCGCCUGGAUGGAUCGGUGUUACCUGCGAUAAAGACUGUGUGACCGUAGAAAUCCUCGGAUCCACUGCCCUACAAAUCGACCGGAUGACCACCUACACGGCGACGGGCGAGAUGUCGGGAGGGCGGCCCGUGUACGGCAGUAACACCAUCGCCGGGGACUUCCUACACUACCUGGGCGCGGACGGCGUGUGGUGCAUCGGGCCCAACGUGGGGGUGUACAGCUGCGGCGCUAUCGUGACGGACGACCACAUGUUCGCGGAUGAAAUCACCGGGACGUUCAUGCUGUGGGACGGGUCUUCCUGGGUGGCGUCUCCUGAAGUUAGCAUCCUGUGUCAAAGUGCCGACGUCAGCGCAGGUAUCGACUGUACGUUUGACGAUGGAGUCUGCGGUUACGUCAUGGACCACAACGCAGACUUCACCUGGGACUGGUACCGAUACAGCACACCUACCCUGAAUACGGGACCGUCGGGCGAUCAUACCGCUUUCCAUGGUUUCUACAUGUACACAGAAGCCUCCGCACCCCGCCAGCCUGGUGACGUAGCACGGAUGAUGAGUCCCCGAGUCGACACCAAUCGACACGUCUGUCUCCGCUUCAACUUCCACAUGUUCGGCUUCGACACGGGGACCCUGAACGUGCUGAUAGACAGCGGUCACGGGCUAAGGCAGGUGUGGCACAGCACCGGGGAUCAGGGCAACGUCUGGAACGAAGCCAGGCUGGAUGUACAUGGCACAAGUGUCCAGGUUGUGUUCGAGGGUGUCCGUGGUAACGGGGAGCUGGGUGAUAUUGCAGUUGACGACAUCAAGCUGACUGACGGGAACUGCCCCACAGGCUGCUCCACUGUUCGUAUCUCCGGCAACACGACCAUGCAAGUCGGAAUGAUGACCACGUACAGCCGUUCGGGAUGGUCUGACGGACACCCCGCCUACGCCAGCGCCACCAACCCGCAGUACUUCCUACACUACAUCGAGACCAACCGGGGCUGGUGUGUGGGGCCGGCGGUCGGGGUCGCCUCGUGCGGGAUCAUCGUGGACGACACCAGCCUGUACCCGGAGGAGAUCACCGCCACGUUCCAGCUCACAGACGGGUCCAACUGGGUGCAGGUUCCGGAGGUUCAGAUAACUUGCGAAGGACAUCACCGAGUGGCCGAUUGAGAAUGACCGAGCGGACGUGGUCGUGUCCUUGCCGCCGUGAAGCGUUUACUCGCGUUGUCCCAUGGCUGGGGUGAUUUAAACAGUUGUUCUGAAUAAAGUUCUAUGAUUCACUUCAA